GACGAUUGGGGAGUAAUAGGACACUUUCUCUUGUAUUUUGCUUGGAUUGUUUGCUUGGAUUGUAUGCCUCAAAUUUGACGAGAAAAAAUGGCGACUGGAGGGAUGGCAUGGCAAGUACUAUUGUUCGUCUGCAUCGUCUCUCACAGCAGUGUGUUUGGACAGGUCAGUUAUUCCAUUCCGGAGGAGAUGUCUGUCGGUUCAGUGGUGGGAAACAUAGCCCAAGAUUUAGGACUGGAAUUAAAAAGACUGAGGUCCGGUAAAGCUCGAGUGUAUGCUGGAGAUAGCACCCAGUACAUCGACCUGAACAAAGACAAGGGAGUCCUCACCAUCAAAGAGAGAAUAGACAGAGAGGUGCUUUGUGGACAGACUACGCCUUGCGCAUUAGACUUCCAGAUCAUUCUGGAAAACCCGAUUGAAUUAUUCCGGGUAACAGUUGAAAUAGUAGAUAUAAAUGAUAAUGCACCUACUUUCAAAAUCAACGAGAGAAGGUUUGAAAUGCCCGAGUCGGCAGUGGUUGGCUCGAAAUUUCUAUUAGACAAAGCCAUGGAUUUAGACAUAGGCUUAAAUGGACUUCAAAGCUAUAUACUGAAGCCAUCGGAUCAUUUUGCCUUAAAACUGCACAACCAGGCAGAUGGCAGUAAGAAAGUAGAAAUGAUUUUACAGAAACCUCUUGAUCGAGAAAAACAAGAACAUAUUUCGCUUCUGUUAACGGCAGUUGAUGGCGGAGAGCCUGUAAUGUCAGGCACAGUAAAAAUACACGUCACAGUACUAGACAUAAAUGACAAUGCUCCUGUUUUCACCAAGGAUGUUUACAGAGCAGUUGUAACAGAAAAUUCUCCAAAAGGAACAGUGUUGACUAGCAUCAGCGCUUCUGACGCAGAUAAAGACUUGAAUGGUCAAGUGAGCUAUUUAAUUCCUGGUAUGGCUGACGUAUUUAAUGUGAACGAAAAUGGCGAGGUUAGUCUAAUAGGGAAUAUAGAUUAUGAAACCACCAAACGUUAUGAAGUCGACGUUGAGGCAGUUGAUAACGGCGGUUUGUCUGAUUCAAGUAAAAUCAUUAUCGAUGUGGUGGAUGUCAAUGAUAACAGUCCGUCCAUGAACAUCAUUUCGAAAUCAGCUUCAGUAAAUGAGGACUCCUUAGUAGGCACGGUGAUAGCAAUGGUAAGCGUUAGUGAUCCAGAUUCAGAAAAGAAUGGCCAAGUCCAUUGUAGUAUGAAUGAAGACAUCCCCUUCGCCAUCAAAUCGACUUCUAGCGGUUUUUACAGCAUUGUCACUGAAAGUACGUUAGACCGUGAGACAUCAGCUGAUUACAACAUUAUAGUGACCUGCUCGGAUGAGGGUGUGCCCUCCUUUUCUAGCAGUGUGAGUCUGGCAUUGCAGGUAGCAGAUGUAAAUGAUAAUCCGCCUGUGUUUGAAAACGCAGCAUAUGCGGCAUCUAUAGUAGAAAAUAACUCGCCAGGCGUUUCCGUAUUUACAAUAAAAGCUAUUGAUACAGACUGGAAUCAGAAUGCCCGCGUUUCCUAUAUUUUGGAUGAAUCCUCCACAAAUGGAGUACCCAUCUCAUCCUACGUGUCAGUGGAUGCUGAAACGGGAGUCAUUCGUGCGGUGCGCUCUUUUGACUUUGAACAGAUGAAAGACUUUGUGUUCCGCGUAAAAGCGCAGGACGGAGGCUCUCCGCCGCUCAGUAGCAAUGCUAGUGUCAGAAUAAGUAUCCAAGAUCAAAACGACAACGCGCCACAAGUGCUUUACCCCGUCCAGAGCAGUAGCUCAGUAGUUGCUGAGAUUGUGCCUCGUUCAGCAGACAUAGGCUAUCUCGUCACAAAAGUGGUGGCUGUGGAUGUGGACUCCGGCCAGAAUGCCUGGCUCUCUUAUAAACUACAGAAAAUGAUGGAGAGGGCUCUGUUUGAAAUCGGUGCUCAAAAUGGAGAAAUAAGAACUGUGCGUCAGAUAACGGACAAGGACGGUGUGAAGCAAAAACUAACUGUUGUAGUGGAGGACAACGGACAGCCCUCUCGCUCUGCUACUGUGAAUGUCAAUGUGGCUUUAGCUGACAGCUUUCCCGAAGUGCUCUCGGAAUUCAGCGAUUUUACGCAUGACAAGGAAUACAAUGACAACUUGACAUUUUAUCUCGUGUUGGCCCUGGCUGUGGUUUCAUUCUUGUUCAUCGUGUCCAUCAUAGCCAUUCUGUCAGUGAAGUGCUACAGGUGGAAACGUGAGAGGAUGUUUUACAAAUCAAAUGGACAGCUCCCCGUUAUCCCUUAUUACCCACCACUUUACGCAGACGCGGGUGGCACGGGGACAAUGCAGCGUGUUUACAAUUACGAGCUCUACAGAACAACUGAUUCGAGGAAAAGUGAUGUGAAGUACGGAGGCCCGUGUGCUCAGAGCAUUUUGAGUCUGGACACGAGUGGAUCUCAAACACUUCCUCACAUGCAGAGAGACAGAAUGAGCUGUGACAACUUAGAGGAACAGGUGAGCAUCAUAUUUGUCUCCUGCUGUGUGUUUUAGUCUCUCUCUCUCUCUAUCUGUAACAUCACUGCUAACAUGUGAAU